AUGAAGAUCACCUUCUUCUCCACCCUCGCCAUGCUGUCCGCAGCUGUGCUCGCAGCUCCUGUCCAGCAGCGAGACAAGGUCACUUCCAAAGAUGACUACGAAGGGUGCGACAAGAGGUACCACGGCAAUGGAGCUAUAUGGUGCCCUCCGACACCUCAGCCACCCACAACUCAAAUCCGAUCUGAGGAACCAAAAGUUCCCAAUGCUCCCAAUACUGUCAAUGCUCCAAGAGACAUCCUUGAUGACCACAAUGGAAAUCCCACGCGGGAGAUCCAACUAGUGGUGCAUGCACAUCGCAUCCGCCAGCCAUGA